AUGGUGAAGCUAGGGAAGCCGCCCAUUUUGAGGCCUUCAUCUUUCAAGAUGUUCCGCUUCGCUGCCGCAUUGAUCGUGGUCCCUGCAUUCGCACAGUUUGGCCAGAUGGCAAACCAGCAAGGGGGGCAGAAGAAGGGUCAGGACAUGUUCGGAAUGUUCUGCGACAUGAUUUCCUUCACCGGUAUGUGCAAGGAGGGAAACCAGGGCGAGGGCCUCAACAGCAAGGAAUGCCUGGCCAACCCUGGCGCAUGCUGCAAGGUGCGUCGGUUCUGCCGCUUGGAUGGCAUGGAGGGGUUUAUGUGCGUCUCUGGCGUGGGUGGUGCCAUGAAUACGGCAGCGAAUAUGGUGGGUGGCUUCAGCCGCCUCUAUGAGGAAGAGGAGUAUGUCCCCAAGGCUGGAAUCAAUUACCACGGCUUGGUGGUCAUGGGAGCUAUGGCAGGAGCUUUCUCGCUCUCUGUCAUGAUGGCCGUUCGCGGCAUCCGCUUCUUGACCCGUUCCAAUCAGGAGGUCCAUCAGGUCUUGAUUGAUGACGAAGAGUCUGAGGUUCGUCGAGGGAGACACCGGCCUCGUGUCUCUCGACACCGGCGACAUGGACUCACAUGGACUCUCCCUGUGAAGGGUGAUGCGGACCCGGUGACCCAGGCAAGGAAGCGUCUCAUGGGAAAUCCUGAGAUUCAAGGUGAUGGAAACGAUGCGAAAUGUGAGCCUGUCAUGUACCCCUUGGCCAGUUCCAAGACCAAAGCUCAAGAUUCUCGGCCAAGCGGAGGCACUUUCUCUCUAGAAGAUUUCGACCAACGCGACCACCUCCGUUGUGCUGGGAAGCGACGGUCCGCUGGCAUUGCAUUUCUCAAACGGCCUCUGCACAUUAGGCUCGUGGAGGUGAUGAUGAUUUCUGGGGUCACAUUGAGGCAUGGGCCCAUGGGCCCCAUGGGGCUCUCGGUGGUUCAGAGAUCGUCGUGGGAUGCACGAUUUUCGGAGGACGAGAACUUGCUAAAUUUGGCGUUCGCGGUCUCCCACAACACCUAUCGAUUUAACAGAGGUAUGAAGUGCGGCCUCUAUGGAGCUGUCCUUUGUCGACAUAAGGCCAAGCACAUCCCCAGCAAAGGCGAAUGCGUCAAGGUCAUUGGCCAAGCCUAUGCUGAUAGGUACUUGGAACAACUUGGCAUCGACAGCAGCGCCUGGGCCAAGCAGCAGGUCUUGCGUCAUGCGCCUUUGGCCGAGUGCCAAAUCGAGGCGGCCUGGGGCAGUCGACGAUCCUUGGUGGCCGACAGUCUUCGGAUCCGGCAGCCGGCACUCUUCAGGGAGCACAUCGAGGAAGAGGAGGAGGUGAUCACCCAGACCGAAAGCAGAGUAGCAAAUUCUCGGGUCGGCUUUACAGGUUACAUCAAGCCGCUAUUGGACUACAAACUACCUUACCAGAUCCCGACUGAGAAGGAAGUAUCCACCAAACGUGAGCUGCCCUUUCUUGGAGGAGGAGCAACGGCAUGGCUUCCAAAGAGUGAAGCCGAUGUGGACAUGACUCACCAACUCGAAAGGCAGCGGAUGAUUGCGCGGAACAAGGCGCAUGGCUCAAAGACCAGCAUGGACAAGAAUCCCCUGCUGGUCAUGAGCGAGUCCAAAUUGCACGAGCUCAAGCGGAAGUUCCUGCUACCUUUUGCCGCAGAACAUAACGUGGAGGGAAGUAUGGAGAAGGAGAUUCGGCCAUGGCUGUUGAGAGAGACCAUUCCUUUGCAGGUGACAGAGAACCUACGACAGGCGCAGAAGCCCAUCUCCGCCAGCGCAGAGGAGAUUCGCAAGGAGUGUACCAGACUCACCAAGGGCCAGCUUCCCUUGGAGUUGCUGACGCGGAGACCAAAACCACAAGUCUUCAGAGCUUUGCGUGCUCGUGUCCUUUGUGCCGAGCAGGUGCGUUUGGUUGGAUUGCUGUCACAUUUUCUCUAUUGGAAGCUCUUCGGCCAUCUACAGGAGCAGCGAUUUCGCCUGCCAGACACAAAAAUGGAGGCACUUGCCAUCAGCAUUCAAGAGGUUUGGGCAGCGCUCAUUUUGCCCUUCCAGGACUCACCUGUGGGAGUGGGCUUCGCCGUGCCUGCGCUGCUUUUGGCCACAAAGAUGUUGGUUGAAGAGAUUUUCAAGAAGCAAUAUCCAGAUGUGUUCCAUGUUCCGGAUGCCCAACAUCACCUUUGGGAGGAGAUCAAUAUGGCCUGCAUGAAGCUGUUGGACUCUGAUUGCACCUUCUCGCACUUCGCGUGUUUGGAUCUCCAAGUUGAAGGAAGUCGACUUUGGAGAAAACUCCAGGCAUCUCUGGCAACAAAGCAGAGUUCGGUGGCACGGGCCCAGGCCAAAGCUUGCCGAACUUCUGCCCUGUUACGACGGGCCUUGGUGGGUGGCACCUCAUGUGCUGAUGCACGGACUCGAAGGUUCCUGGCAAAGAGCGCCAGUGAGGGAGGCAUCCCUGUUGCAGAAGAGGCCAAAACCAAGGAGGAAGCUUUGCGAAGACAACAACAUGAGAACUGGCGGUCAAAAGCGCUGCUCCGGCAGGUGUCCCGUCCAGCCUCAGCGGAAGAGUCAUGUGCCAAGACCGUGCUCAAGGUGGCAGAACAACAACGGCCAAGGAGUCAAGCUCAACCACGACGACGAGAAUCACGAUGA